AUGGGGUCUUUCCCUGGGCAAGACACGCAGCAGGCAAACCCUCACCCAUGGAAUAUCGUGCUGCAGCAGAGACCUCACAGCAGCGCAGCAGCAGCAGCAGCAGCAGCAGCAGCUGCAGCAGCUGCUGCUGCUGCUGAUGCUGGGUUUCCGCUGCAGCAGCAACAGGGCUUCUGCCUGCUGCAGCAGCAGCAGCGCGAACAGCAGCAACAGCAGCAGCAGCAAUUUCAGCAGAGAGAGAAACAGCUGCUGCAUCUCCACUCUGCUGCUGUCAGUUUGUAUGAUAGCUGCACCAACGUCCUCUCUUAUCAGCAGCAGCAGCAGCAGCAGCAGCAACAGCAGCAGCAGCAGCUACAGCGGAACACCGCAGCAUGUUUUUCUGGCUGCUACAACGUGCAUGCAGCGCAUGCUGCUGCAGCAGAUAGCCAUAUGAGCAACACUGCAGCAGCAGCAGCAGCAACACCAGCAGCAGCAGCAACAGCAGCAGCAGCAGCAGCAGCACGGCCACCAGCAGCUGCAGCAGCAGUUUGCUUCUCCCUCCAAAGUAAUGGCACCCCUGGGUAUGAGAGAGAGACAGUGUACAGAGAUAUGCAGCAGCAGCAGCACCUGCAGCAGCAGCACCUGCAGCAGCAGCAGCUGCAGCAACAGCAGCUGCAGCAACAGCAGCUGCAGCAGCAGCAGCAGCUACAACAGCAGCAGCUGCAACAGCAGCAGCAGCAGCAACAACAGCAACAGCUGCAACAACAGCAGCUGCUACAACAACAGCAGCAGCAGCAGCUGCUACUGCAACAACAGCAGCAGCAGCAGUUGCUACUGCAACAGCAGCAGCAGCAGCAGUUGCUGCAGCAGCAGCUGCACCAGCAGCAGUUGCACCACCAGCAACUGCAACAACAGCAACUGCAGCAGCAGCUGCUGCAUCAGCAGCAGCUGCAGCAGCAGCAUCAGCAGCAGCAGAAGCAGCAGCAGCAGCAGCAACAGAAGCAGCAGCAGCAGCAGCAGCAGCAAGAGGAGCAGCUGCUGCAGGAAGGAUUCCCUGUGGGGGCUCUGCUGCAGUCGUGUCGGUUGUGGUGGGGCUGUCCAAGCCCUGCAGCAGCAGCAGAUAGCAGCAACAGCAGCAGCAGCAGCAGCAGCAGCAAUAAGAACAACAGGCAGACCCGCCAAAUACGCAGGCGUUGGGGAUGCAGCAGCAACACCAGCAGCAGCAGCAGCAGCAGCAGCAACCGCACUUCAGCAAGGGGCCUCCAUGUGAAAGGCCCCGUUUCAUCUGCUGCUGCUGCUGCUGCUGCUGCUGCUGGUGGUGCUUCUGGUGCUGCAGCAAAGAAGGACAGCAGCAGGGUACCUUGUGAUUCAACUGCUGCGAGUGCUGCUGCUGCUUCACCAGCAACAGCAACAACAACAGCAGCAGCAGCAACAACAGCCGCCGCAACAACAACAGCAGCAGCACCAGCAACAGCAACAGCAGCAGCAGCAGCAACAGCAGCAGCAGCAACAGCAGCAGAAGGAAGAGUAUCUGUUUGGGAGUUAAUAGAACGGUGGGCUGGUGAGAGCGAUGAUGAAGAAUUUGUUUUUAAGCGGAAGGAGACGCCUAAGGAGACAGUUGAAGCAGCUUCUUGCUGCAGCACGACUCGCAGCAGCAGACACAGGAGACGGGCCCAGCAGCAGCAGCAGCAGCAGCAGCAGGUGCUGCAGCAGCAAGGGGGAGAGAAGGAAGAUGUGGAGAGCCCUUUUGAGUCUCUCUGCAGCAGUGAAGAGACAGCAGCAGCAGAAAGCAGCUGCUGCAGCAGCAGCUGCAGCACCAGCAGCAGCUGCAGUAGCUGCAGCAGCAGCUGCAGCAGCUGCUGCAGCAGCAGCAGCUCUAGUGAAGACACCGAAAUUGAGGUUGACAGCAGCAGCAAUUGCUGCUGCUGUUCGAAACCCCCCGCUAAAGGACGAGAAUACAGCUGCAGCAGCAGCAGCUGCAACAGCAGCAGCUGCAGCAGAAGCAGGUGGAGGGGACGUAGGGGUCGCAGCAGCAGCAGCAGCAACAGCAGCAGCAGCAGGCUGAGGCCUUUUGGAGAGAAGUAUGUGGGGUCAAGUGCAGCAGCAGAAGCAGCAGCAAAUGCUCUCCGCCCACCAUUUAUCUUAGAGCAUGUGCAGCAUUUGCUGCCUCACCUGCAGCUGCAGCUGCAGCAGCAGCAGCAGCACCAAGGCCCAGCAGCAGCAGCAGCAGCUGCUACUGCUGCUGCUGCUGCUGACCCACCUGGAGUAAACGGAUUCACGCAGCAGCAGCUGCGACGGCUGAAGCUGCAGCUUGAUGUUUAUUUGCAGCUGCUGCUUCAGGCUAUCUUCCUAACAAGGGCCCCAGCAGCAGCAGCAGCAGCAGCAGCAGCAGCAGGUGGCAGCAGCAGCAGCAGCAGCAGCAGCAGCGGAGCAGAGCCGCCAGAGGUGGAGAGACACCACAAGCUGUUGGGGCUUCUAGAUUCUCUAGUCCUUGCAAGACUGAAGCAUGUGAAUACUCUGCGAGUUAAAGAGGGUUUGCUUCCGCUGGAUAUUACAGAGCCUCUUCCUUCUGCAGCAGCAGCCCUCAUCAGCAGCAGCAGCAGCAGCAGCAGCAGCAGCAGCAGCAGCAGCAGCGGGCUUGUUCCUUUUGCUGCUUGCCGCUAUAAAACUGCUGCUGUCUUUGCUGGAGAGACGCCCCGCUGCUGCUCUCUCGAUGUCCCUCUGCUUCGGAAAAUUAAACAUUUUUUGCUGCUGCUGAUUGAGUAA